GACGCCGCGUCCUGAAUAUUUUUUCAACUAUUUACAUAUUCAAAGAAAAAAAUAGUUUUCCUAUAAAUAAUGAUCAGUUGAAAUUUUAGUGUUGUGUUAGUGUUUGCUGCUAAGUGCGUAUCACGUUUUUGUGCUUUUUCUAACUUUUAUACCAACCACACAGUCACAUAAAAAGAUCAGCAACACCAAAAUGCCAAUUGGUAACGUAAAUAGGGGCUCGGCUCCUAAGCGGGAAACCUUCAGGCCACCAUGGGUCAAAGAGAAAGACACAGAAGCUCCUCCUCCAUGGACUGUGAGGAAACUCAAACCAGUGGAACCGAAGAGCACUGACAAAGCUGGAAGUACGGAAACCCCUGAACAGCCAUCUCCUGCACCUUUGAGACCGGUUUUGAAAAAGCAGUCUACGAUAAGAGAUAAAGCUGAAAACGGUGUUGCAUGUGAAGCAGAAGAGAAACUUGUCAAGCCUUCAGCCGCUAAGCAAGCCGACAAAGUAGCUAAGCACGAUGAAGAAAAACCUAAAUUUAUAAAACCUGCACUAAAGUCUGUUAGUAAAACAGUUAAGGUAGAAGAUAAAAAUACUAGUGUCCCUGAAAAGCCGAUACUGAAAAGCGUCAGAACUAUUGAUGAUAAAACUAAGGAGAAAUCCGUUAGCAUUAUAGACAAAAGAACUGAGGAUAAAAAUGAUGCAAAAAAACAAAACAGUACGGUAAAUGAUAAAACAAACAACAAAAGUGUGACUAAUAACCUAAGCAAAGACAGCAAUAGCAAAGAUUCCAAGAAAACAAAUAUAACUGAAAAAUUGUCUGACAAGGAAAAACCAAAAGUAGAUUCACAGGUUGAAGAGAAAAUGGCUACUAAACCUCCGCUUGAAAAAACUCCUUCUAAGCUUCCCCCACGGAAACCUUCUUUACAAAAGGCACCAUCAAGGGAUGAAAUCAUGCAAAAGAAGUGGAGAGAUCCUCUGCAUGAGCGUGUCAAAGAAAAUAUUGACAAAACUCUAGCUAAUGAGGUUCCAAAGGGUCACACCCUCACGAAAAAUGAAAGUUUGAGAAGCUUAUUAAAACCUACACCACCACCGAUGCCACCACCAUUGCCUCCAAAAAUGCCACCUCCGCCUGAUUUCAAGAAAGCCCCUGUCGAUCCAAACAAGUUUAAAAAAAUAGAACAGCUUCGUAGCAGGCCUAGGAAGAGGCCCGACUGGAGCGAUAUGAUGAAAGAGGUAGAACAAGGAAGGAAGCUAAAACAUGUUGUUUGCAAUGAUAGAUCAAGUCCAAUUAUAACAAGAUCAGUAGUCGUCAAAAAUAAAGAUCAAUUUAUAUUUGAAUCCGAGAAGCCUAAUUCCCAUAAUGAAUUAUUAAAAGAAAUCAACAAAGGUGUGAAACUAAAAAAAGUGAAGACUAACGAUAGAAGUAAACCUCACUUGGAAGGAUUAAGGAAAUUCCGAAGACAAAUGACUAUAGAAGAACAAGUUCAAAAGUCAAUGUCGCAAGCUAAUCUUGCUGUAUCUCCUUCAGGUGUAUCAAUUGCGGAGGUGCCAGCAGCUGCUGAAGAAGAAGAAAUUGAUGAGAUGGAUGAUAUUGACAAAGUUAGAGAUGAUCUUCAAUCAACUAAGCAGUUAUUAGCUAUGGAACUUAGAAAUAGAGAAGCCCAAGAAAGAGAAAAUAAGCGUCUUUUGACAAGAAUACAAAACCUUGAAGCUGAAGUAGCAAGGGAGCGGGCUAUCAUCAAGCAAGAGCAACACAAAACAGUUAUAUCUGUUACAGAUGCCUAUGAUGAAAGACUAGUGACUAAUCUAAAAAUGGAAGUCGAAAAAGCAAAAGAAACAGCAGACAAUUUGGAAAAACAGUAUUUGCAAGCAGCAGAUGAAAGAGAUACCGCUGAGACAGAAUUAGAAGAAUUAAAAAGGAAAAAUGCAGAGCUAGAAAAGAAAUUGGAACAAGCUCUGGCGGGUAAUAUAGAAGAAAUCUUAAAAUCGGAAGAACCUCUAUCUUUCUAUCAAAAAUCUCAACUUGAUUUCUUAAAGCAGUGUAGGUUGUUAAAUAUAGAGGUUGACUCCGCUGAAGCUGAAAAACUAAAGAAAACUUUUGCUGACACUAACAACAAUAAUGCUAAUAAUGCUUUUACUAACAAUAACCAAGAUAAUGAGGGAAUAAUUCCUACAAACGUUGGCUCGAGACGUUCGAGUCACGCAAUCAAGCAACUUUCUGUGACGAAAGAUGAUAGCUUCGAAGAAGAAGAAUUAUCCGAAGGAGACGAGGAAGAAAGUGAAGAAAAGAAGCAGAAACGUAUCGAGAAAGAAGUGCGCAACAUGAGAAACAAAAUUCGACACUUGAAAGAGAAGCAAGAUAAUAUGAAAAGAGAAAGAAUGGCAUAUAAAAUGGCACUAAAGAAUCAGCAAUCAUGUCUCAAAGAUGAGAAACGUAAGUUUAAAGAAUUAAAACGAGAGGUUGAUAAAAUGGCAGCCAUGAUGAAGGAAGUCGGCACUGAUGAAGAAGAUGAAGACGAAGAUGAAGAAUCAGAUGAAGAAGAGAAGAAAAGUGAAUCAGAAGAAGAAGAGACAGAGACCGAAACUGAACAAGAAACAGAAAGUGAAACAGAAAGUGAGAGUGAACCAGAGGAUGCUCCUCUACCUAAUAAAAAAGAAAACUUAGCGAAACGUCUAAAAAGACACGAAUCACGGGUAAAUGCUUUGAAGAAAGGCAACGCACUGCUUAUGGCGAACGUGGACAGACUGAAAGACGACGUCCUUAUACAGAAAGAGAAAUCAGUCACACUCCAAAAAGAACUAGACUCACUUAUCGAUGAUCUUGAAUAAUACAUAAUCCUAUACUAAUAGGUAUAUUAAGUAAGGCUAUGCCUCUAGGCUCUAUCGUACGAGUGCAUAUAGAAUAAAUUGCUGGUUACAUAAGAAUUCACUUAAGACGAGAAAUUAUAAUUUCGUUUCCGCUAUACGAAAGGAAAAUGAGGUUUUCGGCAAGUUAUAACGAAGAAAUUUAUUAAAUAUAAACUAAAACAACAUUGUAUACAAUUUAUAACAAAUUAAUGCAGAUAAUCACUAAUUCUGGAAACAAAACAUCCUGUAAAGUAAAGGAAGUCCUAAUAGUAACAGGCUAUGUAAUCAAUAAAUUGUUGAAUAAGUAUUAACAACAAAAUAGAUAAAAAAUUGUAACACCUAAUUUAGUAAGUAAUACCCAGGUGCUAAUUCAGUUGUUAACCAAAUAUUGAAAAAAAAUCUGAAAGCAGUUAGUGCCAUUCUUUUUAUGAACUGGAAGAAAAUUAUAAUAAUUUCUGACGUCAAAUUAAUAGCAUUCAUACCUGUUUUAAACUAUUUUAAAUAUCGAAUUAAGAACAUUAAUAGAACAGUCGCCACCUAUCACUACUUCCCUCCUGUAGGACUAACAUGUGUGCCACGAGAUAAUUAUCUCUACCCGUUACUCGUAUUUUUUCUCUAGAGACAGAAGAGAUAAUGGGUAGGAGACAUAACAUUCUCGUGGCGAGCAUGUGAGGCCUAAUGGGGCGGUAGCACUUUAACUUAGGUAGGCAGAUACCUAAGUAUUUAUUUACCUAUUAAAUAUUAUGGUAGCAUGCUAGUUCUUGAGCACGACAAAACCUGUGACUGUUUAAAUGAAAAAAACAUUCAAAUUAAUUUAAUAUGCCAUGGUGCGUGUCAAGAUUUUGUACGAAAUAGGAACUAUUUGCACCGCGAGGGUAACUUACAACCCCCGGCUGGAAAUUUUGAUUUGAAUACCGUGUAAUAUAUAUGUAUAUAUAUAAUUGAAUUAUUUAAAUUUAGAUUUAUGUAACUACAAUCGAUUUUUAUUAGCAUGUUGUUGUACAAUUUCAUUUCACUGUUACUCACACAAUUCGUUUAAGUAAAAUUAAUCAUAAACAUUACACCUUUAAAAAUUUUACAUUUCAUACUCAUCGCGAAUAUGCUUCUCACAAUUCCUAUUAUAUUAGGUACUUAAUAUUGUAUCUAAUAAUAACUAAGUAAACUUAAAGCUCUUUU